UUUAAUUGUAGGUGUUUUAUAAUUUUUUUGUUUAAAGAUUCAAAUAUAAGUCGCCUAAAAACAGCUAAACUCAGUGACGGAACCGGAACCUACAACAGUACACCCAAACGCGGGUUUACAGCUCGGAAAAUAUCCGAGCACACCCGAACGCAUCAUAACACAAGAUCAGACGGGGAAAUGGCUGCAACCGUUUUCAACAGAAAACUUUUGCAAUAUGCAUUUUGUAGAGUUUCGUUGCAGCAUGUUCGACUUUGUCCGGCAUUUUGCAAGUUCAGUACCAGUUCAAAAAAGAAUAUAAAGUUUUACAAUGAUAUUGAUGAGGCUAUUAAAGACAUACCUAGUGGUGCUAAGGUGCUAAUUGGAGGUUUUGGUUUGUGUGGAAUGCCCGAGAACCUGCUUGCUGGUCUGCUGAGAUCCAAAGUGAAGGAUUUAACCCUAGUGAGCAGCAAUGCUGGAAUUGGUAACUCAGCCCUAGGUCUCUUGAUGGAACACAAACAGGUUAAACGAAUGAUUUCGUCCUAUAUUGGUGAAAAUGACGUAUGUGAGCGGCUGUAUCUGGCUGGUGAACUGGAGAUUGAAUUAACUCCACAGGGAACUUUGGCAGAGAAAAUCCGGGCUGGUGGAUAUGGUGUCCCAGCAUUCUUCACUCCGACUGGUUAUGGAACUCUGGUCCAAAGGGGUGGAGCACCAAUCAAGUACACUGCAGAUGGAAAAAUCGCUAUAGCGAGUAAGCCACGUGAGACUUAUAAAUUUGAUGGGCGUAACUUCAUAAUGGAGAAAGCCAUUACAGGAGAAUUUGCAUUGAUCAAAGCUUGGAAGGCUGACAAAGCAGGCAAUUUAACUUUCAGACGAACGGCAAGGAAUUUCAACCCACCCAUGUGUAAAGCUGCAAAAAUCACCAUUGCAGAAGUCGAUGAAAUCGUCGAGAUCGGGGAUAUACCUGGAGAGGAGGUCCAUGUGCCUCACCUGUUUGUACAGCGUGUUGUUAAGGCACCAAAUGUUAAAAAAAGAAUAGAGAAGUUAACAGUGAGUCACAGAACAGACAAGAAUGUGACAAUUGAUGGUUCUUCAUCAAAGCGGGAGAGAAUCAUCAAACGAGCUGCCCUUGAGUUGAAGGAUGGAAUGUAUGCAAAUCUUGGCAUUGGUAUACCCAUAAUGGCCAGUAACUAUAUCCCUAAAGGGAUCAGUGUUACCCUCCAUAGUGAAAAUGGCAUGUUGGGAUUGGGUCCAUUUCCAGAACCAGGAGAGGAAGAUGCAGAUCUGAUCAAUGCGGGUAAACAAACUGUGACAGCUAUUCCAGGAAGCUCUUACUUUUCUAGUGACGAUUCAUUUGGAAUGGUGAGAGGGGGCCACAUGAAUACCACAAUUCUAGGUGCUAUGCAGGUGUCUCAGUAUGGGGAUAUCGCUAACUACAUGAUUCCUGGUAAGAUGGUGAAAGGAAUGGGAGGUGCCAUGGAUCUUGUCUCGAGCGACAAAACUAAGGUGAUCGUCACCAUGGAACAUGAAACAAAAGCAGGCAAACCGAAAAUUUUGACCAACUGUACUUACCCCUUGACAGGAUCACGCUGUGUGAACAUGAUAAUUACAGAAAAGGGUGUCUUUGAGAUUAACCAUGGAACUGGUUUAACUUUAAUAGAAAUUGCAGAUGAUGUGACCGUGGAGGAAAUUCUAAAAACCACUGGCAGUCCAUUUGCAGUCUCACCAAGCUUGAUUCCAAUGCAACAAGUGCCUGUAUGAAGUCAAACAUUGUAAUCCCAUCUUUGGGAGGAAACCAUUAUUAUUGAGACUUGCUACUAACAAAUGUAUCGCUGUUGCAUAUCAAUGUACAUCAGUGUAUAUUUCAGACAUCUUUUUAAUAAUAUACAAUAUAUAUUGUAAAUAUUUAUUAUAUUUAGUAAUUUAUUAAAAAAAUUUUUUAUUUUUUUGGUCCUAUUUUUAUUAAAUUGUACAUAUUCGGUUAAGUAUUAAGGUUUCAUAUUGCAAUUUGUUUUUGUUUUGGGGUGUGUUUUUGUUGUUGUUGUUGUUGUUAUGUUGUAUUAUAUGUACGUUAUUUUUCUACUUUGAUAUACAUAUAUGUUUUCAGUAUUCAUGAACUGGAACCUGUAUGCAUAUAUUACCAAUACAUGGUUCUAAAUGUCAACCUGGGUUUUGCUAUGUAACUUUUAUACUAUAUUUUGCAAUGUAAUUUUUACAUAUUUAUAUUUUUACAUCAUAUUUAAUAUUUCUACAUUUUAUUAUUAUUAUUUUUUUUUUUAUACAUGUAUUUACAUUAUAUUUCAU